CCUGUGUUGGAUGGGGGUUUGCUACGUGAGUAGUUUAUUUUUUUUAAUGUGAGCCUUGCAGGUGAAGGGGGCCAGAGGAUGCGAGCCUUUCUGAAGAGUUCGGAGGGGUGUUUUCAGCUGAACCCGCACACCACCACGAUCGGCAGGCACGGAGGGGCUGACAUCAUCCUGCAGUCUGCAGGUGUAGUAGAUCAUCACGCAGCCCUUGAAAUCACCCCCUGGGACAACAGCUUCGUCCUUCAGGACUUCAGCUCCCUCCAGGGCACCUUUGUCAACGGCUGCCAGGUCCAAAACGCAGCCGUGAAAGUGAGUCCGGGGGAUAUCCUGCGCUUUGGCACAGGGGGAGCAUCCUUCCAGCUGGUGGUGGAUGGGGCUGCCCAGAUGUCAUAUCCCCCUGUAAAGCGUCUCACGGCGUGGACUGGGCAGCUCCAGGUGGUUGCAGAGCCCAAACCCUCGACUCCUGCAUCUUCUUCCCACCUCCCCUCACUGCAAUGGCACCAUCCCCCUGGUUCCUCAGGCCGGUGGGCUCCCGGAGCAACUGGCCACGUGCCCCAUCCACCCCCACGGAAGCAACCCCUGCAUGCCUGGGCUAAGAAUGUGGCCACCACCGUCUCACCGGAUGCUUUCAGUAGGAGCUCCACAGUAAGGACAGUCUCGACCCGUGUCUCAGGCGAUGGUGUGAGCAGUGCUGGGGGAGCCCCUUCCCUGGGAACUCAAGACAUGGAUUUACUCCCGCAGGAGAAGGGUGAGAAGCUUCUGCAACUGGAGAAGGAAAUCGGUCACCUCUCUGGUAGGGAGACAGAAUCCAAGCAGAAAGAUGCAAUGAUAAGAGAUCUGCAGGAUGAGAUUGCAGUGAUGGCAAAGACCUUGGCUCAGGCGGCAGCAAGGAACGAGGUGGAGCUGACCCAGAAGCUGCUCACCUUUGACCGAGAGCUGGGAGCCAAAACGGAGGAGAUCAGAGCCUUGAGGGACCAGAUCAGCAGCCUGCAGAAAGGCUCGAGUCAGGUUUUCUGCCAUUCCCUCUAUGAGAGAGACCUGGAGAUUGGGAGGCUGCGGGAAGAAAGCAAGAAGGUGAAGAAGGAGCACGCUUUGGCUGCAGGUCUGGUGGCCAGCCUGCGGAGGGAGAUUGUGGGCAAGGAGCAAAAAAUGCAGCAACUCAAACAAGAGGUGGAAAAAGUGAAGAAGGAAAACCAGGAAAAGGACAACCAGCUAGCAGUUGUGUCUGCCAAGUGCUCUAGAAUUAAAGAGGAAAUGAAGCGCGGAUGUGGAGAGCGAGAAGUUCUUGCAUGCCGAAAUCGCAUCGGGGAGCUGGAACGUGACUUGGAGGGGCUGCGGGGGGAGGUCCAGAAGUAUUGCGCCGAGCAGGAGAGGAGCCGAGACCAGCUGGCCCAGAAAGCCAAGGCUGAGGAGGAGCUGCAGGAAGCCUGUGCCAGGCAAGCACUGCAGCUGCAGGAGGUGGGGCGCAGGGAGCGCCUGCUGCGAGCUGAUGUGGGGCAGGCCAGGGAGCAGCUGGAGUCCUUCAAAUCCCAAGUGCUGGGAGCCUGUUCUCCAGCAGCAGUAGGAGCUGCAGGGACGGCUGUGACGGAGCAGCAGGUGAUAGAGAAGGUGAGGCAGAUCUCCGAAGAAAGCCAACAAAGUCAUGAGAGAGAGAAGUGUCUGCAGGAGGAAUUAAGUUCCCGGCUCUCAAAGGAGAAGGAGGUGUCUGAAGGUGUCGAGGUGCUCAAGAAAUCACUGCAGGAGCUUCAGGCAUGCCUGAGGAGCUCCUGCAGCAGCGACAGCCUGCGAGGAGAGCUGGGGAGGCUGGAGGAGGUGUGCCUGGUCUCCCCCAUCUCGGCCAUCGGGGCAAUGGUGGUGGAAAUGGCACGUGUCCCCCUGUCCUGGCUGGAGGCUGUGGAGCAGCUCCUGGCCAGCGUGGGGAUAGACCUGCACGCCUCCAGCAAAGGGCUGGUGGCUGCUCUGGGGAGACUGGUGGAAGACAGUCAGGAAACUGCACAGAGGAAUUGGAUGUUGCAGGCCCAAUUAGAGAGGGACCGGGAAUCUCAGGCUGCUCUGCUGCAGGAGCGCAUGAAGGAGCUGGAAGCAAAACACAAGCAAGACCUAGAGAUAAAAAUCCAGCAAAUCAUAAUGGAAAAGGACAAGGAGAGCCAAGAGAUUCUGGAGAGCACUGUGGCCCAGGAGAAGCACAAGUGCAAGCAAUCUGUGGAGGAGGAACAGAAGAAAAUUCAAGACCUGGAGACCCACCUGAGGAGCUUGACUGAGGUAAUGGAAAGGAAGUCAAAGGAACAGGAGGUUUCAGAGUGCAAACUGAGGGAAGCCGUGCACAACCUGCAGGAAGCUGCAACACGAGAGGUGAUGUUACAGCAGCGGGUUCUCACGCAAGAGGAGCAGCUCAAGUCCACUCUGGAGGAGAAUGAGUUACAGAGGCAGAAGCUGCAGGAAGAAACAGAGAAAUAUAAGGAGGAAAGCAAGCAACAUGCUCUGACAAUUGUCGCUUUAGAGGAGAGGUUGCUGGAGGCCAAACAGCAGCAGAAGACACUGGAGGAGGAAAAGGCAGCACUUGUGGGAAAAAUGGAAGGAUUUGGGGAUGAUGCCCACAUAUUGACGUUAGGAGCCUUGCUGGAGGUGUCUCCUGCCACAGUGCCACACUGCUGUCUGAGGAAAUUGAGGGAGGAGCUGGCAGCGGCGCGGAGCGUGCUCCUGUCCAAGGAGACCAUCAUUGCCGGACUAACCAAAGAGCUGGGGGAAACCAGAGCCAGGAUUUUGGACUUGAGAGGGGAGUUGAGCGAGGAGCAGAAGGUGGAACUGGAGCAGAAUGUGAGCCGGGUGAAACAGCAAGAGUGGGAACUGAACCUGCUCCGGGAGAAGCUCUCCCAGAUGUCCAGCCUGGUGGAAAAGAAGGAUCGAGCCCUGGAAGCAGCAGCCGAAGAGUUAAGACAAGCACGAGCCCACUGCCAAGCUCUGGAGAAUGCCUCCCGAGAAACGACGAAGGACACUGCUCCUGAGAAGGAUGCUCCUGGGACGGUGAUGCCGGUGGGUGAAGUCUCCGAGAGGGAGCCAACAUUGGACUUGGUCAACCUCGGUGCGAAAUGUCGACGUCUCAGGCACGAGGAGACGAUCCGGCGCCAAAAAGAAGGCUUGGCCGAGCUCCGGGAGAGAGUAAAGAUGCUGGAGAAGAGGCAGUCCUCAGCUGUCACGAAGAAGGGUUUGGAGCCACUGGUGGUCCUGAUGAAAGAUUUACCAGAGGGAAUUUUCCAGAAAGCAGGUCUCGAGAAGGAAACUGCAUCCAUUUUGGGCACAGAACUGAAGGCCAGCAAGGCUCCUGGCCGUGUUCCUAAUGGAGGCUUGUACAGGGCAGCUGGUUGGGCAGCGAGCUCAGAGAUGGAUGAUGUGACAAACCUCGGCGAGAAGAUGUACCUUGAUGUAAUUGGUGCUCUGGGAAGCCUGAUGAAGGUGAAGGAGCUGUCAGGAAUGCAGCCUCUGAAGUGCCUCCCUCCAGAGGAGAGGGAAAAAGCGGGGCUGCAGCGAUGGAAGGACCUGGAGCUGCUGUACAAUAAGAUCAGGAACCUCAAGAGUCAUCUGGAGAGAAAAGAAGAGGCGCUGAAAGAUUACGAUGCCAACGUGGAGCAGCUCAGGCUGAACCAAGCGUCCCUGCAAAGGUGCCAGAAGGAGAUGGCCAAACUGGAAGAAGAAGCCUACAGGCAGGCAGAGGAGAAGGCUCUGCUGAAGGAGGCUUUGGAGAGGACACAGCUUCAGCUGAGCCAGGAGAAGCAGCUGCUGCGAGCGGCCAGACUGCACAAGCCUGGCGCCAAGAAGCCCUUCUGCUUGGGGAAGCUGAAGGCCAAAGAGCACACAGCAGAAGCCCUCAAGAUGGGAAGCACAUAGGGGUGAUACCACGCAAGCCUUGGGUCAGUGAAGCUCUGUGAUCGGAAAGGGUUGUCAGAGUGUGGAUUCUGCAAUGUUGGACAUGGUACGAGGUGUGGGUGCGUGUAGAGGAGCCCCUGUUGAUGUCCUGUAGCUCCUUGGCAUGCUGGUGUGACUGCACGGUGUGGAGGACAUUAUUUUCCCAUAGUACCUGUCCCAUACUGCAUGGUGGGGUUUAUGGGAACAGAAAAAGUGGUGUGGGUACAGCGUAGUGUAUACACGUAUGUUGAUGUACAUGAAUACAGCCCAGUGUAGGUGUGGA